UACAUCUAAAAUCUCGUACGUCGUCUCAAACAAUUAAUCAGAUAUACACUCCGGAUUAAGAUAAUAAGAAAACCCGGGUACAUAUUUUAACGACGCGUCGUUAAAAAAUCUUCCUCUCGUGGAGACUGAAAAAAUUAUGUCAGAUGACGAGACCGUGCCGACAUGCAACUGCACGAAGACUUUGCUGGCGGUCAAGGAUUUGCGAAGCGAACUCGAAGCGUACAAGACGGAAGUGAUGAUCGGUCUCAGUUGCCUUAGCUUCGUGAUUGCCGUGCUUAUACUGUGCGUUAUUAUAAUUUGGUUCGUGCGCUUGAAAGAGCUGAGAAGAAUAGUUAGGGUAUUGGAUCCUAUGGCCAACUACGAGAGAAUCUCGCCGACGACGUACGUGAAAAAGCACAUGUUCGAACGGGCCUCCAUAAGUUCGUCGUUUCAUUUGGGCCGCUACGACGAAGACGGGAAGCUGCGGAAACGCGAAAAAAGUGGGAUCGAGGGGGGCACGCUGGAUAAAAAUUUCUUUACCCGCGACGAUUUCCAGUUCCAUAACCCGCUCAGCAGACGGGAGAACUAUUUGGAAGACGCGCCGAGGUGA